CACUCCCGAGAUAUUUUUUUAAUUCACUGUAAGGUUGCUUAGGGUUUUAAAAAUAAUGUAAUCUAUGUACAAUAAUUUAAAAAGGGAUAUAAAUUUUUUUCGAACAAGAAAUUCCAGAACGGAUUUCGUCAGAAUUUUGACAAUGAAAUGUCAUUUGUGAAUAAUUGUCAAAUGUCAAUCCUUAUCACAGUUUUUUAGAAAUAAUCCAAAUUUAUUCUUUUUUUUAAUUUAUUUUGUACCGUAUUAUUUAAACGAAUAAAUUAUUAUGUUCCACUUAAUUCUUAAGUAUAACCACAAAGAUUGAAGUAGUAAAAUUCAUUAGCAUAGUGUUCAGACUCAUUAUAUAAGUUCGUUUUGUUUUGAUUAUUAUAAUGUGUACAAUUCCACCUGCUCCACCUCCGCCUCCGCCACCAAAAAUAACAUCAAAUAUAAAUGCAAAUAUCGAGACUCAGAAACCAAACGAUGCACCAACGAUAACCUUUGAUCCAGACAGUUGUGUUUGGGCUUCUGAACACCUAGAAUUAAGGGAAGCUUGUAUCAAAAACAGUAUCGGUAUCCACAAGGCGCCAUUUAAGUUCAAAUACAAAUAUAUUCAGUCGAUAAUACAAGUAGGCCCAACUUGUGGUCUUGUAGCCAUGUCAAUGCUAGUCAAUGGACAAAUUCCUCCUUCUGAGAUGUUGAAUAUUUCCAAACAAGAAGGCUACACUUGCAACGGGGAAAUGUUUAGUUGCAAAAACAUGGUAAAAUUGGCAGAAAAAGUCUUUAACUUAGUGAAUGUAGGUGAUGUUAGUUAUACAUUGGAAUAUGGAGGUUUAUUUAGCUCAAGAAUAAUUGAAAAACUACUUAAUGGUGCUAUUUUAUUAGUUCCCUAUGAUGCAGACUGCAAUCAUUCACCGUGCCUACGCAAUGGACAUACAGCACACUGGGCUCUCAUAUGUGGAGUUAUCAUUGUUGAUGACCUAGGAGACACUUAUGAGUCAGACCCAAAAAAUGUUUACGUUCUCUGUAAACACGGAAAGUCAAAAUACCUUACUGUAUGGAACUUAGCUGAUCUUGAAAAAAGUAAUAAGAAUUUGAUGGAGUUUUCACCAAAAAAGGGGACUGAUGGCUUGACAUAUAUCCUGCCUGUAGGUGGUAUAGGUGGGGACGACGGUCUUCGGAACCAAUUCCUGAUAUUUGAAGGGUUGUGAUAGGUACUCUAGUAUUUUCUUUAGAGGUAAUUUUUAAUAAGGUGUGUUGAAUCAUUUGUAAUUAAAAAAAAUGAUUGUUACUACGCCACAUCAUAUUAGUUAAUGGCAAUAUCGAAUUUCUUACCAUUGAAAUGUCCUUUCUUUCAAUAGUAUAUCAGACAUAAUAACACAAAAUCAGAAUUUGAUGGUUGAAAAAAGAAUUCUAGUUAAAAUUUAAAAAAAAAAAUUCUAUUUGCCUUUCAGCCAUCAAUAUGUACAUGUCAUGGAAAUGAAGUUAACAAAGUAUUAUAGAUAAUCUAUUGACCGAUUUCAAUAAACAACCCCAAUCUUAAUCUUCAGUCCAUACCUAGCAUUAUUAACCCAACAAAAAUAUAAAUAAAAAUAGUUAGUUAAUUAUACUAUUUUCUUGUUUCUUUUGGAUUGUUUUAUAUUUUAUUUUGUAAUAAGUGAAAGAAAGUGUUUCUUUUUUAAUAAAAAAUGUAUUAUUACAUAAGAAUCAGUUCUAUAGGUAUUUAUCAAACAACUGAGUAUAUGUAUGAACAUAUACUCAAUUGUUUUUGCAAUGUAUAUUGUUUCUUGACUUGCUUAUUGUAAUACCGUUUUUCUAAUGUAUUUUAUAUUGCCCCAUAACCACAGGAUAAGUUUGACUCAAUUGUACAAAAAUUAAUGAGCACAAUAUUACAUUGACAAUGGAACAUCCUUGUUAGUAUUCUGUAGACAUCAUUACAUAAUUUAUUUUUGUCAAUUUUAAGUAUUAUCGUUAAUUGUGUUACAGAGUGUGAAAUCAAGUAAGCUCCAAUUUUUUUCUAAAAUUCUUAUUAUUUGGAUGGAAUAAUUAUACUGUUUUAAUGUCUUUGGGAUGGAAUGUUUUAUAAACAGCCAUGCUUGACUUGUUGUUGACAAUGUUUGUAUAAAAUAUUUUUUUAUUAAAUAAAACAACUAUUAAUUGUUUAAUGCAAAAUUUUAUUUGUACAAUAAAUACAAAUCAUACUUGCAAAUUAUAUGUUAAAAUAAUAAAUCUCAUCACAUUACUUAAAAAUACAGCAAUGAAACUUUACCGACGUACAGUCAUAUACUGAUAAAAUAUAAUCGACGAGAUACUCAAAUUAUUGCACAGUCUCAUUUGCAUUGUUACGAGAAUGACAUACAAUGAAACAUAACACUCGUUUUGUACUAGUUUUUAUUCAACUUAUAGUAUUUAACGUUGAGCCCGCCAGGGGGCGUCUUGUGAUGAUUGUGAGUU